UUUUAUUUUACUAAAUAAUCCCACAAAAAUGACUGACUGUACUUUUAACAUGGAACAUAUUUUUGUGGCGUUCCUUUUGCAACACUAGAAAUGCUCAUUACUGAAUUGGUUGCUAAGACGGUCUACUUUGAAGAUGGCAUGUGUGUAGUGUGUGUUUUGGCUGAUAAAGCAUCCAUUAGCCACACUCCAUUAAAUCAAUUAUCCCCUCUCCCUAAGAACUGAAAUCAUGGGACAAAGGUAAUGACACGUGCAUCAAACCGCCGCUGAUACACUAAAAGGUUAGACUAGAGUAUAUAUUUGUUGUGAACAUGCAUUUUUUUUUCUUUUCUACUUUUUGAAUCACUGUCACCAUCCAACAGCUUUACCAGUUGGCUCAGACCCUCCAGCUGAGUUACUUAUGGAGAACAACACAACAGCUGAGUUUGUCUGCAACCACACGGAUGCAUGGGAGUGGGUUUACACCAUGCAGCCUGCCUAUAUGUCGAUCAUCUGUCUUCUGGGAGUAAUCGGCAACUCCUUCGUGCUUUGCGUCCUCUGUCUUCAGAAGCGGAGAAGUUCUGUUGCUGACAUUUACCUGAGCAAUCUGGCAGCAGCUGAUCUCCUCAUGGUUUCCUGUCUGCCGUUCUGGGUAUCAACUAUAAUCAACAAGUUCCACUGGAGAUUUGGGGAGUUCAUGUGCCAGCUUGUCAAUAUUGUCAUUGGGAUGAAUUACUAUUGUAGUGUGUUGUUCCUUACUGUUGUGAGUAUGGACAGAUAUAUGGCUCUCACUAAACCAUUGUCCCAAGGAAGGCAGAGGCAGGCUUUCUGGGCACAUGGAAUUUGUGUAACCAUUUGGAUUGUUGGUAUCUUCCUCAGUUUUCCUGCUGUUCUUUUCCGCUCUGUGCAGUUCUUCCCCCAUCUGGGCAUUGAUGCAUGCUACCUAGACUACCCCCAUGAAGGGUGGCGAUUGCGGUACAACAUAACUGUGAACAUAGUCUGCUUUCUCAUUCCUGUCCCAAUUGCAUUGUUCUGUAGUUACCACAUUAUUAAAGUCAUUCUAAAGAGACAGAAGAUGAGAAGAAGCAACAGCGGGAGUGCGGAGAGGAAGGCAGCGUACCUUGUGCUUAUUGUUUUGGCUGUGUUCAUUCUCUGCUGGCUGCCUUACCAGAUUCUGAUCUUCUUUGACACCUUGGAUCACUAUGAGGUCAUCUCUGGAUGCACGUGGGCAUACGUGCUGGACAUUGGCAACCAGCUAGCUACGUACCUUGGCUACAGCAACAGUGCAUUGAAUCCUUUCUUGUAUGUGAUUGUUGGGAAGAACUUUAGGGAGCAGGCAAGGGAAGUGUUUAAACCCCUUCAAUGCAGGAGGAAAGACCAGUGUGAGGCAUCUGGUCAUGGUAAUGCCAAUCUCAUCUCAAGUAAACAAACAGAGAGCACAAAAAUCCAGCGAGCUAAAACAAGUCCUUCUAGCAUGUACCCCUAUUACAAGCUUAGUUUGGUUCUUAUUCUUGGGAGGACCGAUGUGCAACCUGUAAUUUAGGAACCUUUUUUGAACUGUAACCAGCUUAGUAAAACUUUAAUAAAGUUGUUCUUGAACUGCACUGAAUCAGUCAUCUUUACGUUUUUAUUGGUCAAACCCUUGAUUAAAGCAGAAGAUAACUUUUGAGGUUAUAAAGAGGGCUGACACCUUGUAAGAGAAUGUGAUAUGGGGGCAACUGGCUGAACUUUUUCUCUCAGGAACUAAACAAACCAAAAGUUACCCCAGUGAGAAGCAUGAAUUACAGGAA